AUUUGACAACGGCAAAAAGAGAAAAAGGUCAGAGAUAAACAACUCCUACCAGCUGUACAGCAUUCUGUACGACAGGGGGCAGUCUGACCAUGGAAAUGUGGGCUACUUCAACGACUACAUACUUUUUGUGUACUUUAAGUGUUAGGCUGCUUUUUAUUGUUUGGGCAGACCUUUAAGUUAAAAAACUAUAUAUCUAUUGUGGAGUUAUCAACAGAUUCAGUCGGCACUGUAAUGCUGCCAUAUUUAAAGUUAGCAGUUAACAUUAGCCACAAUAUGCUAUUCGUCAUACCAGAACAAUUAAAGCUGUGACAGAAAAAUAACUCAGCCAGGGUAGUUUUAUUGGUUAUUAAUUCAGCUUUUCAUUUGUAAGAGUGUUAUUGUGAUUGUUAUGUGUUAUUUCUGCUUUCAAACCUUACGUAAAAUCUAAAUACAACAGCACAUGAGCUUUGAAUUUUGUGGCAAUCAUUUGGUGAAGGCCACUUCCUGUUUAAACAUGGCAAAAACCAUACCCAUAAAGAAAUUGUUUUCCCAGUUUGAUGGGGAAGAACUUGACUGGCCUGCAGAGAACCCUGACCUCAUCCCCAUCCAACACCUUUGUUGUGCUGACUGUGAGCCAGGUAUUAUCGCCAAACAAUGCUUUACCAAAUCUCUUGUGGCUAUUGAGCAAAUCUCUGCAGCCAGGUUCCAAAAUCUGGUGGACAGACAUCCCGGAAGUAGCAGUAGAAGUCAUAGUAGCAGUAAAAUCCAUCCAUCAUGAGGAGAAGUUCCUUGCUUCAGCUCCCUCACGACCCGGAAUACAGAUAAAUAGGUAGGCCUACUGAUAAUGGAUAGAUGGAUAAAACUUAAUCUGUUAUCAUCUUCUAUUAUCACAUAGCUUGUGGUGCUUCUUGGGUGCAGUCACUGCUGCAGUUGAGAUUUUGGGGGGAAAGUUCAACGUCAACAGCCACAAAUCUACGGGCUAAGGACUGAGGGAGUCCAAAGAUCAGAUGAGUUUAUAACUGAAACAUAUGAUUACAUACUCUUUCACCUGUAUGUCUCUCCGCCAGACUGCACAGGUCUCUGUCAGACUGCACUUCUCUCUCUCUUUGAACCCCAAUUUCUGACUGAUUUUUUUUCCACUCUCUCUCUCUGCUGGUAACGCUGCUGUUUUUGAAGAUGUCUAAGAGGGAGCAGAUUGUUUGCAGUGUUGAGGAGUAUUUCCAGGAGCGAGGGCCAACUGUUACAUUCAGCAACCUGCACUACUGUGUUCAGGAGAAGAGGCUCUGCUGCAAGAGAGGUCCUGAAAAAUACAUCCUCAAAGAUGUGAGUGGCAUCAUGAGACCUGGGAUGAAUGCUAUCAUGGGCGCCACUGGAAGUGGAAAAACAUCACUCCUGGAUGUAAUCGCAGGCAGAAAAGACCCUGCUGGACUGCACCAAGGAAAGGUCUUGGUGGAUGGGAAAGUCGUCACAUCUGACCUCAGGCUCAGCUCUGCUUAUGUGGUUCAGGAUGACAUCCUGAUGGGCACACUGACUGUGAAGGAGAACCUUCAGUUCAGUGCCAACCUCCGUCUCAAACCUCAGCAUCACUCCUCCACUGAUAAAAAGAGCAGAGUAGAUGCCAUCAUACAAGAACUGGGCCUAACAGACUGUGCAGACACUAAGAUAGGGACAGAGUUUCUGCGUGGCGUAUCUGGAGGUGAAAGGAAGAGGUGUAGCAUCGGGAUGGAGCUCGUCACCUCUCCCUCUUUGCUGUUUCUGGAUGAACCGACCACCGGGCUAGAUUCCAACAGUGCAAACUGUAUCAUCAGUGUACUGCACAGGCUGUCCAGAAAAGGUAAGACUGUGAUCUUCUCCAUCCACCAGCCACGCUACUCCAUUUUCAGACAGUUUGACCAUCUGACUCUGAUGCAUAAAGGGGAGGUAGUGUAUGCAGGAGCAGCAGACCAUGCACUGGAGUACUUCACAGACCUUGGCUACCAAAUUGAGUCCUUCGACAACCCUGCUGAUUUCUUUAUGGACAUCACAAAUGGAGAGGCAGUAUCAACAUUAGAAUCACUUACUGCAGUAGAGUGUAAAGACACACUGGCAAUGAAAUACAGUCAGUCUCAACUUUGCCGGAAUGUGCUUGAGGAGUUGGAUCAUGUGAACCAGAGCGUUGCUGAAAGGGCCAAAAGUCAAGACAAGGGAGCCGACUUUGCCACCUCUUUCCUCUAUCAGAUGCAUGUGGUCUGUGGCAGGACGGUGCUAAACACUCUGAGGAACCCUCAGACCUCUUAUGCCCAGUUGGCUCUCAACAUCUUUUUUGCAAUUCUGGUGGGACUCAUUUAUUACCAAAUGCCCUUAACGCUGCCCGAGGCUUUACAGAACAGGAAUGGAGCGUUCUUCUUCCUUAUCCUCAACAUGGUGUUUGGGAAUCUCUCUGCAGUGGAACUCUUUAUCAAUGAAAGGGCAAUAUUCAUUCACGAGAACUCCAGUGGCUAUUACCGUACUUCUGUCUAUUUCCUGUCCAAGGUCUUCGCUGAUCUCAUCCCCAACCGCAUCUUCCCUAUCUUUGCGUUUUCAAUCAUAGCCUACUAUAUGAUGGGGUUGAAGCCUGCUUUUGAGGCCUUCAUGUGUUUUGCCCUGACCAUGUGUCUGGUCAGUCUGGCAGGAGUCAGUCUGGCCUUCCUCGCCUCAGCAAGUGCAUCUUCAUUUGGCAUGGCUAAUAUCCUCAUUGCUCUACCCUUCGUCUUCAUGAUGGUCUUUGGUGGAUUUCUUGUUAAUCUCAAUACCAUGCUGAGCUGGCUCUCCUGGCUGAAAUGGAUCAGUAUCUUCAGAUAUGGAUUGAAUGCUGCAUUCAUCAACGAGAUGACAGGACAGAUUUUCUACAGUAACACCACUAUGAUCCCAGGGGAGCUGUUCCUGAUAAGCCAGGACAUCGACUACUCUGUGUGGGGCUUCUGGCAGAACCAGGUGGCUCUGCUGGGAAUCAUAUUGGUCUGCAUGUUCCUGGCCUACGUACAGCUGCGACGAAUCAACCGCUGGAAAUGAUGCUUGUCUGUAUCUUAUUUAUUUAACAGACCUCAAAUGAAACACAGAACAUCAUUUGAGGGAAAUUAACAUAUUACUGGGAAGUUAUUGUUUUAGAUGUUUGCACCUGAUGUGAUUAUUUAAGUUUUCAAAAUCAAAGUAUUAUAUAACAUUACUCAAGUAAUCUCUCUCACUCACUGACUCACGCUCUUAAACAUAAACAAACACACGUGUUGUAACAUUUGAAUCCCAGGUGGAUAAGCUGCCGCUAAGCACACCUGGUCUGUGCACGAGGGAAUGCACAGCAACAGCCAAGCCAACAUCUUAAGUCCUUACAAAGCUACUUACAGUGAGUGAGACAACUUUAGCUACAGUACAGAAUCUACUAUGUGGAAUCUCUGUUUUAAACUUUAUGCAAGUUUUACAUAGAUAUUAUACUGAUAGAAUUAACUAAACAUAGAUGUAAACUCAUUAGAUGCAUGUAGUACAACUUGAUUACAGUUCAUAGAAUAAGAUUCACACAUGAAAAGCUUACAAAAAUUAACCUUUUGGUUUCCCUAGCUUUAAGGUUGGAAAUCAUCUUAUUCUACUCUGACAAUAUUACAUAUAUUCAAAUCAUUUAUCUACCAUCAUCAAAAAUCUUGAUUUACACUGAGUGAAAUAUUCAAACCAAGACUCUGAUUUUUAUGGCUGCACUUCUGCAUUAAAUGGAAAUAUUUUA